GGGAUAGUCACUAAGUCAGCAAUGACAGGGCUCUAUGGUCUCAGUUUGAGUUUAGCAGUUUGAGGAGAUGACGGAAGGGGAUGGUGAAAAGCUGAGAAAAGUUCAAAAUAAUAGGUCAGACUCCCAAGGUGAUUUCCCAUCCAGCUGAAGAAUGAGGUGCUAUAUUGAGCUGAAUGAAAAUGAAAGUAUCCUAAAGAUUAAAGUUCACACCAGCUUUUGAUCAGUCACUUCCGGCUUCUCCACCAGGGAGUGCCCAUCCAGCUAUCCAAUGCCAAUCAUGAAGAGCACCUUAUCCAGGUUGAGUCCCACCAAACCUCAGGUGGGCCCUGUGAGACUUCAGGAGGAAAGUAUACUGGGGAAGAGCACGCCAGCUGGAAUGAACUCUUUCGAGGAAGACACCGUCGAUGAGAUGAAUCCCUUUGCAGAGAACUUAAACCCGUUCCACGAGGAGGAGGAGGAAGGAGCGGAGGGCAUCCAGAUGCUUAACACAAGCCUGCCAUCAGGUGAAGCAGCCAUGCCCAAGAUAAAUGGCAGUGAGAAGCACACCACUUUGACCAGGUCGUUAAAGAAGGCCUUCAAGAUGAGCAAGAAGCAAGGCCGGUCCCCCCCCGAGGACCAGAGUGAAGAGAAGAAGCCAUUCUUCAGACUCCCAUCUCCUCUCUCCGAUACGGAGGCGCCUUGGAAGAGCCAGGAGAAGAAGGCAGGCCGCCUGCGAUUGGAGGAGCUGGCCUCACCAGUGAAGCUCGGAGACGGGAGUGAGAAGGACAGCCUGGCUGACCCAUCGUCCAGGAGGGUAAUGUCCUUCCUCAAAUGGGGCAAGCCAAAGGCAGAGUCGCCAACAGAGAAAAUGGAGCUCGGGGGUGGGGCAGAGAGGAAGACAGAGACGGUGCCUGAGGUCAGGGAACCUCUCUCAGUGCUCGAGAUCCACAAACUGAUCGAGAAGAGGGACCUGGUGCUGGCCGACAGCCAUAUCGUGGAGUUGGAGGAGGAGUGCGAGAGGGUGAGGACCACUGAUGGGGGUAAGGACGGGGGCAGGAAGGCGAAGGACAUUGAACUGCUCUACAAGGAGCUGGAGGGGGAGCUGAAGAAGAUCGUGGCUGAGUCCCUCAGCCAAACCCUCGAGGCGACGCACCUGGAGCAGCUGGUGCAGACCAUUGAGGAGGAGGAGAAGGUGGACAGGGCAUGGGCCAGCUGUGGAGGGCUCCCUGGGGGCACCGAUGGCCCCAGGCCCAGGCAGCUGCGGAGGAAGUGGCGGAAAAUGGUGAGGGAUUCGGUGGUUGAGAGAUUGUCCCGUUGCCAGGCCGAUGCCUUGAUGGCCCAGCGUCUGAGGAGCCUCAAAGAGCAGGUCACAAAUGACUUGAUCUUCAUCCGAAAGAACCAAGUUGCGGCCUACCCGAAGGAUUACGAUGCGUUCAAUGUCUACGUUAACAGCUACCACGAAGUGGUUUCUUCCUGCCUCGCCGAGAUGGCCCAGAAUGAUCUAGAAAUUCAGCAACUCUACAGCUUCCUCCAAUGGUGCCACAACGAUUAUAUCAGAGAUGUGAUAGGCCAUGAGGAACUUGCUGCACAUGUCAGAAAGCAACAGCUUAAACCAUUGCUGCCAGCAGAAACAAUGCAGCAGCUGGAGGAUAAAUGCAUUGCCCUGGUGAAGGCGCAGAUAACGAAAAGCAUGGAUGAGGAGCUUAUCGCAGAAAAAGACAAGUGGCAGCAAGGGGCUGAUACAUAUCAAUCAGAGCUCCCGAACAGGCUGAUUCAGAUCCUGACAGAUCACGUAGUGAACUCUGGGGCAGUCACACAAGAGCUCGGGGCUCGAGUCACUCUCUGCUGCCUCUCUGGCCUAGCUGACCUACUGCAAAGUUUUCAGAAGUACGCACAAGAGUUUUUUCAACACUACCGCGAGACAGCAGAGAGCAGGGAGCUGAGGGUCGCACAAGCGAUCGCGGUGGUGAAUUGCUGCCCUGCAUUCAGAGACUACAUUGAGCGCCUGAGGCAGAAAGUCGCGAGCGAUGGCGAAGAAGAGACGAAGAAAGCGUUGGCCUCUCUGGACAAAGUGGUGAAGGGAGGCAACAAACUGCUAACGGACAAGCUGUUUGAGGAAUUAAAGCCAAACCUCUCAAAGCUGCUGAAAAGUAAAUGGCUGCAAAACAAGGAAAGUUUUGAAAGGAUCACCACCAGCGUCAAGAAACACUUCAACCAGUUCCGAAAAAUGAAAACCCCUCCCUACCAGGAUUUGGUGAAUGGUAUUCACAAAAAGGUGGUCAUUGAGUAUUUGAGAGCCAUGAUGCAGACGAGGAUAGUUUGCAAUUCAGCAGAUAUGCGAGUGAAAGUUGCGGGACGGCUGAAUAACGAGUCUACAGAGCUCAGGGAGCUGUUCGAAAACCUGGAUUCCAAUGCAUCCUGGCUGAAUCCUGCCAUUGGUCACCUGGCUGAGAUUAUCUCCCUGAAGGAUACUUCCUCCAUCCAGGUGGAAGUUGGGGCUUUGGUGGACAGCUACCCUGACGUUCGGAAGGAGCACAUUGCAGCCGUGCUGAACAUACGGGGAGACAUCAACCACCAAAGCCGCCAAAACAUCCUGGAGAUGCUACAAGAAUUUGACAGCAAUGAUAGGGGCUCCAUCCUCUCUCGGGACGGAGCAUUAUUUGCCGAGAUUGACACCGCUCCAGGCCUGCAAUGUGUCGACCUCAACAUGAGCCGUGCCUUGGGCUGUUUCUCCCUGUUCCGUCGACACAUCAGGUGACCAGUGGACUGUAGAACUGGGAUCCUGGUAGAUCCGCUUGCAAAUAGCCAAGAGAAUAGUCCUGGAAAUAAUUACCAUCUCAAGGCUGCUGAUUGGAGGCUUCAGGUCAACUGAUUAUAAGAUCCGUUGUGAAUUUUCCUUGGACAACUCCAGGCACGAUCCUGAUCACUUAUGAGAGGAGACCAGCAGACUCCAGGAGAUCAGAGAGUCAGACUCCACCCCUUCCUGGUCUGGCGUCCAAUUACAAAUCUGUCCCAGGUGAUUGCAAUAUCCAAUAUGGUGCCCAUUGGCUCACUCAGGGAGAGCAUACUGGCAUGGAUAGCAGCAAACCUACCAAGCUGCCAAUAUUCAGAGGCAAAUUCUAGGCAUCCUGAACCAAAGAUGGCUCCAUAAACAGCUACAUUGCAAACUUUUCACUGCACUUAUUUGAGCUCUCACGACAAUAAAGCUAAUUCAAUUCAAUCCAGUUCAAUUCAGUUCAAUUGGCUGAGUGUGAGACUGAGGUGCAGAAUAGGGGGCUGUUAUGAGGUACUGGGAGCUGGCUGGAAAUACAUAGGAGGUUGAGAGGCGACCUGAUACAAGCUUAGAAAAUCAUGACGGGUAGAGACAGAGCUAAUGGCUGGUGUCUUUUCCCUAGGACGGAGGAUUUCAAGACUAGGGGCAUAUUUUUAAGAGGAGAGGAGACAGAUUUAAAAAAGACAUGAGGGGCAAUUAUUUUACACAGAGAGUGGUUCAUGUGUGGAAUGAACUUCCUGAGGAAGUGGUGGAUGUGGGUACAGUUACAAUGUUUAAAAGACAUUUGGAUAAGAACAUGAAUAGGAAAGGUUUGGAGGGAUAUGGGCCAGGAGCAGGCAGAUGGGACUAGUUUAGUUUGGGAACAUGCUUGGCAUGGGCUGGUUGGACCAAAGGGUCUGUUUCUGUGCUGUAUGACUCUGUGAGCUGCUGUAAUUUGAAUAACACUCAAAUGCAUUUUUCUUUUAAUUCUUCCAUGGGAUGUGGGCAUUUUGUCACCCAUUCUUAAUUGCUCUUGAACUGAGAGUCUCACUCAACCGUUUCAGAGGACAGUUAGGAGUUAACCCCAUUGCUGUGGGUCUGGAGUCACGUGCAGGCCAGACUGGGUAAGGGCAGCAGUCCUUAAAGGGGCUAGCUUUGAAUUCCAGUUCUUUAAUUACUCAAGUUUAAUUUUCACUAGUUGGCCAUGGUGAAAUUUGAAUACCUGGCCAAAGUGUGUCAUUGGAUUACUGAAGGUAUCAAGACUCAGGGAGAUGGGUUUAAGAAUCAUAGAAUCCCUACAGUGCGGAAGCAGACCAUUUGGUCCAUUGAGACUGAACUGACCUUCCAAAGAGCAUCGCAAUCAGACCUACUGUAUCCCUGUAAACCUGUAUUCCCCAUGGCCAAUCCACCCUAACCUGCACAUCCCUGGGCACUAUGGGUAAUUUAGCAUGGCCAAUCCACCCUAACCUGCACAUCCCUGGGCACUAUGGGUAAUUUAGGACGGCCAAUCCACCCUAACCUGCACAUCCCUGGGCACUAUGGGUAAUUUAGCAUGGCCAAUCCACCCUAACCUGCACAUCUUCGGACUGUUGGAGGAAACCUGAGCACCCCCACGCAGACACGGGGAGAAUGUGCAAACUCCGCACAGACAAUCAUCCAAAGGUGGGAUCGAACGCAGGUCCCUGGUGCUGUGAGGCAGCAGUGCUAACCACUGAGCCACCAAGGAGAGGAAGAAUUUAUUUUACACACAAUGUUGUAAUGACCUGGAGCUCUUGCCUAAAGAUCAGGGUGAAAUCAGAGAUGACGUCUGAUUUUUUUUUUAAGUUGGUUCACGGGAUAUGGGCAUCUUUGGCCAGUACCUCUAUUUAUUACCCAUCCCUAAUUUCCCAGAGAGCAUUUCAGAGAAAACCACACUGUUGUGUAGGGCAAGGAUGGCAGAUUUCCUUUCUUGUGCCCUACAGGGCAUUAGGGAAUCAGAUGGGAUUUUAUGGAAACUACAUUGUCGUGUUUAGGCCAGCUUUUAAUUCCAGAAAUUUUUUAAUAUAGAAUUCAAAUUUUAUCAUCUGCCCUGGUAGGAUUCAAACUCACAGCCCCAGACCAUUCGCCUGGGUUUACUGGUUUACUAGUCCAGGGCAUUAUCGCUCAGACACCACAUCCCCAUUCCUCCAUCAAGUGGCACAAUUAGGCCAUUCAGCCCAUUGAGUCAGUGCUGUUCUUUCAAAAGCCAAUUUGGCAGAUACUUGAAGGCAAUAAGGAUAUGGAGAAAGAGUAGAGGAUUGUUGGGAGGGGCAGGGUGUGAAAUUGGACUGAUCUACAGAGAUCCCAGCACGGACCACAUUUGGAAUAUCGUGAGCAGCACAGGGCCCCGUAUCUAAGGCUUUGGAGGGUGUCCAUAGGAGGUUCACAAGAAUGAUCCCAGGGAUGAAGGAGUGGUGGAGAACUCCAAGUCUCUACUUGAUAGAGUUUAGAAGGAUGAGGGGGGGAUUUGAUUGAACCUUCCAGCAUACUGGGAGGCCUGGAUUGAGUGGACAUGGAGAAGAUGUUUCCACCAGUGGGAGAGACUGGGACCCAAGGGCACAGCCUCAGAGCGAAGGGACGACCCUUUAGAACUGAGAUGAGGAGGAAUUUCUUCAGCCAGAGGGUGGUGACUCUGUGGAGCUCAUUGCUGCAGAGGGCUGUGAGGACCAAGUUAUUGAGUAUCUCUAGGACAGAGAUAAGUUCUUGAUUGGUAAGGGGAUCAAGGGGUACGGGGAGAAGGCAGGAGAAUGGGGUUGGGAAACAUUUCAACCACAAUCAAAUGGCAGAGUAGAUUAGAUGGGCUGAGUGGCCUAAUUCUGCUCCAGCUCCUAUGGUUUUAUAGACCAUAUAGGUUGAAUGGCCUCCUCCCGUACCUUAGAGACCAAACAGUUCUAGCUACAAUUGGUCCGAGCACAGGGAGAUCCCAGUGCACCUUUAACGGUAUCCUUGGGUCAAAUGGGAUGCGGCAGUAGUCAAGUUGAAAGGCCCAAGGAGAAGGAGAAAGGUCCUGCACAGUCCGGCCUCCACUCUCCAGCAGGUUCGUCCCAUCCGCAAUCGGAAGGAGGUGGCCUGGAAGACUUAAGGUCACCUACUGUCUACAUCCACCAAGUGAGGAGCCAUAAUCUUCAGCUGCAGGGAGAACUCCACCCAGGCCCCAUGCUUCAUCAACCAAAUGCUCAAAGACUCAUCGAUCUGCAGUGAGAUUCCAGGAAUGACUGUGCUAUUCAGGCAAUGUCACCAUUGGAAUAUAUUAUAGAUAUAUUUAUAGACGCAAGGGAAAUCCUGGGGAAGCUCCGAAGUAAUCAUUGAGGUUGUGUAAGUUCAAAAACGCUAUCAGUGCAGCAAUUCAAUAAAAUUCCUGUAUCACUCACAA